AUGUUCGUCACAAACGCAAUCGUUGCAACAACAUUUGCCCUUUUGGGUUUAAGCGCACAAGCAAGUCCAGUUCAAAAGCGUUCAACUUCUGGCCGUGGUACAUUCUACAAUGUUGGAAUGGGUAACUGUGGUUGGGAAAGUUCAUCAAACCAAUACGUUGUCGCUUUGAACACCGCUCAAUACGGUUCAACUUCUCAAGUUAGCGGUGCUUGCGGUCAAACUGUUACAAUUAACUAUGGCGGUAAAAGUGCUCAAGCCACAAUCGUUGACUCUUGCCCAACUUGCCCUUACGGUGCUUUGGACAUGUCAACCAGUUUGUUCUCUUAUUUGACAAACGGUAACAUGGGUUUGGGUGAAAUUCAAAUGAACUGGAGC